CAGCGGCCCGGUGGCCGACCGCUAGGACGCGGGAUCCUCCCGCUAAGGGAGGCAGAGCUGGCUGAAGCACCGGAAGUUGCCCAAGCCCUCGGUGGAGGGGGCCGGAAAUGGCUCGCGCCCCCCUUUGGGAGAAGCGGUGUCGGCCGGCGGCUGCUAGACUGUGGAGGUGGUGCUCCCCGGCGGCCCGGUGACGCCCUAGAGCCGGCCGGCCGCGGCCACGCAGCGGAGCCGGCUUUCCCGCGCGGUCCGGAGCCGACUCCGGCGCGGGGAGGAGUCGGGAAAUGGCGGACGAGGCGUUGUUUUUGCUUCUCCAUAACGAGAUGGUGUCCGGAGUGUACAAGUCCGCGGAGCAGGGGGAGGUGGAAAAUGGACGAUGUAUUACCAAGCUGGAAAACAUGGGGUUUCGAGUGGGACAAGGAUUGAUAGAAAGGUUUACAAAAGAUACUGCAAGGUUCAAGGAUGAAUUAGACAUCAUGAAGUUCAUAUGUAAAGAUUUCUGGACUACGGUAUUCAAGAAACAAAUUGACAAUCUGAGGACAAAUCAUCAGGGCAUCUAUGUACUUCAGGACAACAAGUUUCGGCUACUUACUCAGCUCUCUGCAGGAAAACAGUAUUUAGAACAUGCAUCAAAGUAUCUAGCAUUUACAUGUGGCUUAAUCAGAGGUGGCUUGUCGAACCUGGGGAUAAAGAGUAUUGUAACUGCUGAAGUGUCGUCAAUGCCUGCUUGCAAAUUCCAGGUGAUGAUACAGAAGCUGUAGAACACACUGGAAAGCAAGGCUUCACAUUGUAAAGAGAUAAAUUAUUCCUGUAUAAAGUAUUCCAAGUAAUGAUUUGAUUUCAUCAUUGGAUAUUUAUUUUGGAGCAAGGGUGUAUUUCAUUUCAUACAGACCAAGUCAAAGCAGAUAAAGGGUCAUUCUACUGUGACCUAAACUUUACUGAAACUAUUCACAAUGAUUUCAGUUAGCUAGACAUUAAGAUGUAAGAUUCUUUUAAAUGUUUUAUUUAUUAUUUUUAUUUUAUGUGUAUGAGUUUGAGUUUUAUGCCUACAUCUAGGUAAGUGCACCUGUGUCAUGCAGUGCCCACGGAGGACAGAAGAGGCUGUCUAAUCCCCUGGAACUGGAGUUACGGACAGUGGUUAGCUGCCAUGUGGAUGCUGGGAUUCGAACCUGGCUCUUCUGCAAGAACAGUCAGGUUCUUAACCGCUGAGCCAUCUCUCCAGCCCCAAGAUUCUUUAUUUUAAACAUUAUUUCCUUAUGGUGAUAUGUCUUUAACCAUAGAUUGUAAAAUCAGACUCAGGGUUUGUUGAAUUAUCAUAUAGGAAAAUAUGCACCAAUCAGAAUUGUUUGUGUCCGAAUGACUAAAAUUGUUAAAAUAUGAUUCUGUUGCAGUUAUUGAAAAAGGAAAAAACACCCCAAUAUGCUAAAUUAAGCUUAAUUUUUAUUAUUAUUAUAUUGCUUAUAAUUUAUUUCUAUUGAGAGAAUUUUUAUGCUUAUAUAAGAAUUUCAUUUAUACAUUGUGUGUAUAUAUAAAUACAUAUGUGACUAUCUAAA